AUGGAUGUAAUCAUGUUCGAUGCCCAAAGACAAGGCCGUGUCAGCUUUUACAUGGUUUCAGCAGGCGAAGAAGGCAUAGCAGUCGGCUCUGCCUCAGCGCUAGACCCCAGUGAUCCUAUCUUUGCCCAAUAUCGCGAGCAGGGAAUCUUCAAAUACCGCGGCUUCACACCUGCAGACUUUAUGAACCAGCUUUAUGCCAACAAGCACGAUCCAGGUCUAGGUCGCAACAUGCCAAUCCACUACGGAAGCGAAAAGUACCACAUCCACACCAUCAGUUCACCUCUGGCCACCCAGAUCCCUCAGGCUUCUGGUGCAGCGUACGCGGUCAAGAUGCAAAACGCCAUGAAUCCCAAAGACACACAACGUUGCGUGGCAUGCUACUUUGGUGAAGGUGCAGCCAGUGAAGGAGACUUCCACGCCGCCCUAAACAUCGCCGCCACCAGGAAAUGCCCUGUCAUCUUCAUCUGCAGAAACAACGGAUAUGCCAUCUCAACGCCAACGCUUGAGCAAUAUCGUGGCGAUGGCAUUGCAUCCAGAGGCGUAGGCUACGGCAUCGACACCAUCCGAGUCGACGGCAACGACAUCCUAGCCGUCAGAGAAGUCACCAAAGAGGCUCGCAAGAUGUGUCUCGAAGACGGCGGCAAACCCAUCUUGAUCGAAGCAAUGAGUUACCGUGUCUCGCACCACAGUACAUCCGAUGACAGCUUCGCAUAUCGCGCCAAAGUUGAAGUGGAAGACUGGAAGCGCAGAGACAAUCCCAUUACUCGUCUGCGCAAGUGGAUGGAAGGAAGAGGAGUCUGGGAUGAGGAAAAGGAGAAAGAAGCUCGUGCUGUGCUGAAGAAGGAGAUCUUGGAGGCGUUCAAGCAGGCCGAGAAGGAGAAGAAACCGGCUCUGAGGCAUAUGAUGGAAGGUGUAUACGAGGAGCUGACCGAGGAGCAGAAGGAACAGAUGGAGAAACUCAGGAGUAUUAUUGAGAAGUAUCCUGACGAGUACGAUGUCAGCGAAUAUGAAGAUGGACUCGACGGCCUGAAGAACUAG